AUCCUAUGACGCAAUCCUCCCCACCACUCACUCUCACUUACUCUAUUAAUUUCCCAAUCCUAUAAAUUCCUGCACCACUCAACCACACCAUUCAAUUACCCAAAUCAAACAUCCAUAUCAAAAGCAAAUAAGACAAGAAAAUGGCUCCUCGCUGCUUCAUCAUCCGCCACGGCGAAACCGAAUGGUCCCUCAACGGCCGCCACACAGGCAGCACCGACCUGCCACUGACUUCCAACGGGGAAAAGCGCAUCAAAGCGACUGGUAAAGCCUUAGUAGGAAAUGACCGGUUGAUUGCACCGAAGAAGCUGGUUCAUGUUUAUGUCUCCCCCCGCACCCGCGCCCAACGCACCCUCGAGCUCCUCGAAAUCGGCUGUCGCGAGCGUCUCCCCUGGACAGAAGCGCGCAAGUCCGAGAACGAGGAACCCAUCCGCACGGAAGCCAAAGUCGAGGUCACCGAGGCGAUCCGCGAGUGGGACUACGGCGACUAUGAGGGCUUGACUAGUCCGCAGAUUCGGGAACAGCGCGCUAAGGAGGGGAAGGGGGAGAAGUGGGAUAUUUGGAAGGAUGGGUGUCCUGGGGGGGAAUCUCCCAAAGACGUCAUAACCCGCCUCGACGCCCUCAUCGCCGAAAUCAGAGCCAAACACCACGGGCCCUGUCUGGACGGGUCCUCCGAAAAGGGCGACGUGCUGCUCGUCGCACACGGCCAUAUUCUCCGCGCGUUCGCCAUGCGCUGGACGGGGAAGUCGUUGGAGGAGACGGCUUUAAUCCUUGAAGCCGGAGGUGUUGGAACGCUCAGUUACGAACACCGUAACAUCGACGAACCGGCCGUGAUUCUCGGAGGAGGAUUCGUGGUGGAUACUUAGGUGCUUGGUCGAUAGGACUAUAAUGAACAAAUUAGUAAAAUAUCUCAAUGUGAGGGUUGGAAAUCAAGCCAUACCUUAGUCUUUCCUC